AUGGGUUUUUUUACGUUCGUGCUGCUGCAAAACCUGUACCGAAGGGCUGCACCCGCCGUGUUCGCGGUGGGAAUCGCUGCAGGGGCUUGGGCCGCCACUACAUCGGCGCAGGCGACAGCCGCUGAAGACCUCAUCAUCGGCGUGCGGUACAGCGCCGGAGUCAUGGAUUGUGACGAGGACAUCAUAGACAAGAUUACGCUCCAGCUGAUCGUGUGCGGCUCUAGGGCCAUCAUGCUAUACACGUGCUUGCGAGGCCUGCGGCUCGCCACAGUUUGGGUCGCCGUGACAGCGUUUUCCGAAGGCCUGAGGAUGAGGGUGUCGACGCUGCUCGGCAGGGCAUCGGCGGCGGCGGCGGCGGGAGAGGUGCUGCCUGGCCCCGGCGGCGGCGAUGCUUCCCGCCCUGGCAACAUGACGGCCGGCGCCGCCGACUCGCAGGCCGUGAUGAUUGGGUGAAGUCUCGACCAUCUCACCUUCGGCUGCGGCCGACACAAUUGAAAUUGCUGACGAGCCUUGGUUGCGGCACUGCUUCAUUUUGUUGGGGUCGAUCCAAACGAGGCAGAGAUGAUGGCACAGUUCUGGUAGAGUGUGCACGAAAGCCAAACAAGGCCGAAAUGGGGUGCGGUGGAGACGCUAGUUCCGGGAAUUAAGUGCCUUUCAAGAAAAUCGCCGCUCGUCUUUCUCGUUUGUUUGUUAUUUUGUGUUGAGAAGGAUGGUGGUGAGGGAAAACACGGGGCGCGGCAUGGUUUGCACGGUCGAGCAUGAAGUCGGGUAGAGAAAAACCCGACUUGCCCGUAAGCGGCGAGUUUCGUGCCGUUUCAUUUUGUACCCGAUGGUACUGUGCCCCUUCGUCGUGCAGGAUGGCUUCUACUCCUACCAUAGCUGUGUCAUUAAUGUAUAAAACUUCUUUCGGCAGUCGCUGUGUUAUCGAGAACUUGCGUAAAUAGUCGAAAUACAGGUUUGGUGAGAGGGGGAAGGGAGGGUUCAGUUUCGAGACGAGGGCGCGGUACAGCCAUUGAGGUUCCGCAUCUUGGUGCCGAUGUGUCCAUGUAUGACCACACCAAGGCCUAGAUCAGGCGUGUGGCGAAAAAUAGGCAUGACGAGAGGAAUUGUCGCAACAUUCUUUGUUUCUACAGGAUGUGUCCCCGCCCCUUCCCUCCCGUCCUUCUCUGUAGUGCUCUGCGCAAAACUCGCGGGGUGGGGCUUAUCGGUGGAGAAACCAGUCAUAGAGCCAACCCCCCCCGGGUUCGUAUGCA